GCGCGGGGCUCGCCUCGCCCGCGGCGGGGUCCAUGGCCUGAGCGGCCAUGUCCGGCGUGGUGCGGACCCUCAGCCGCUGCCUGCUGCCGGCCGAGGCCGGCGGGGCCCGCGAGCGCCGGGCGGGCGGCGGCGGGGCCCGCGACGCGGAGCGCGAGGCGCGGCGGCGCAGCCGGGACAUCGACGCGGGGCUGGCCCGCGAGCGGCGCGCCGUGCGGCGCCUGGUCAAGAUCCUGCUGCUGGGUGCGGGCGAGAGCGGCAAGUCCACCUUCCUCAAGCAGAUGCGCAUCAUCCACGGCCGCGAGUUCGACCAGAAGGCGCUGCUCGAGUUCCGCGACACCAUCUUCGACAACAUCCUCAAGGGUUCACGAGUUCUUGUGGAUGCGCGCGACAAGCUUGGCAUUCCUUGGCAGCACUCCGAAAAUGAAAAGCAUGGGAUGUUCCUUAUGGCCUUUGAGAACAGAGCGGGACUGCCCAUGGAGCCAGCCACUUUUCAGCUGUAUGUGCCUGCUCUGAGCGCGCUCUGGAGGGACUCGGGCAUCAGGGAAGCUUUCAGCCGGAGGAGCGAGUUUCAACUGGGUGAAUCGGUGAAGUACUUCCUGGAUAACCUGGACCGGAUCGGCCAGCUGAAUUACUUUCCUAGUAAGCAAGACAUCCUACUGGCGAGGAAGGCCACCAAGGGCAUUGUGGAACAUGACUUCGUUAUUAAAAAAAUCCCUUUUAAGAUGGUGGAUGUGGGUGGCCAGCGGUCUCAGCGCCAGAAGUGGUUCCAGUGCUUUGAUGGGAUCACAUCCAUCCUGUUCAUGGUCUCUUCUAGUGAAUACGACCAGGUCCUCAUGGAGGACAGGCGCACCAACCGGCUGGUGGAGUCAAUGAACAUCUUUGAGACCAUAGUCAACAACAAGCUCUUCUUCAAUGUUUCCAUAAUCCUGUUCCUCAACAAGAUGGACCUCCUGGUGGAGAAAGUGAAGACCGUCAGCAUCAAGAAGCACUUCCCAGAUUUCAAGGGCGACCCCCACAGGCUGGAGGAUGUUCAGCGCUACCUGGUCCAGUGUUUUGACCGGAAGAGAAGAAAUCGCAGUAAGCCGCUCUUCCACCACUUCACCACCGCCAUAGACACUGAGAACAUCCGCUUCGUGUUCCAUGCUGUGAAGGACACCAUCCUGCAAGAGAAUCUGAAAGAUAUUAUGUUGCAGUGAAAGAGGAAGCUCCUUACUGUUGUCGUCCUUAAGCAGCCUCCAUGGCCACUGGUCAGAUCUCCCCGGUGUGUAUUAUCCACCUGGUCUUGGAGUGGGUUUCUUGGAUCCAUGCCAUCCAACGCCUGGCUCAGGAAUGCUGUGAAGCCAGCCUUGCCAACCUGCUCUAGGCCAAAGGACAUGGAAACGUUGGCGUUAGCUACUGAAUCCUGGGGACUAGUGAAACUACUGAAAAUCCUAGUGAUCACUUUGGUAUUAAUUUGUAAUACCUAAUAACACAGCUUUCUUUCUUUUUACAGAAACUUUAUUUCUUUUCUGACACAAUUUAAUGGAGCAUUAUGUGUGUGUGUGUGUGCGCGCGCGCGCACACGCUGUCUUUAAUGACAGAAACACAUAAACCAGCUGCCUUGCAGAUGGCUUUUCUCUCUAACUUGCGAGUCUUCAGUGAGACACACUAACCCAAAAGCUUUGCCUAACAGUAGUCUGUAGGAGAUCAAAUGCAUGCUAAUGCUGCUAAACUCAGAGUGCCCACGCCGGGCCCCGGGCCCCCAGCUGUGGGGUCUCAAUGCCACCUCCCAAAGUGAGCGAGUUGCCUUUUAAAACUCUUGUGCCAAUUUCCUGAGACCCGGUCCAGGUGUAUUAGAUUAAACCAAGGGCCCCCCAGCUUUAGAGGCUGGGAGUGAGAGCUCCACAGGUGUGGACUUGCCUUAAUGCCCCACCGUGUGCACGGUUCUUCCUGCCUUGUCAGAGUGCCCAGCAGCACAGCACUAGGUGGAGAUGUGUGGGAACAGUGUGCUGACAGCGAAUGUCUGCCCCAUAUGCACAGAGGUGCUCACUGCUCCGUGCCCACCCACUGGCAAAGACAUAUACACCAAGUGGCCUUACAGAUGCCCUCUCCGUCUUACCAGUCAUCUUCUGAUACCUGCAGGUGGCUGCAUUCCACGUUUCCUUCUUUUGGAAGUAGUAGAGAGCUUUCUGUUCCUUGCAGGGGCUUCUGGAAGCUGGCAGGAUUACUAGCAAAGCCUUUGUUAAUGCCACAGCUGCUUGGUGAGCUAACAGCUGACCUUUCAGGAAGCCCACAGACCCCGGAGAAAUCUGAGUUUCUCCAGACUGCCACUACACCAAUGCCUUUGGACAGUCGGUCCCUGUUCUCAGCUCCCUUGUAAACCUUGAUUCGUAUCAAGGUCUCCUGCUUCUAUUCAUGUACACGUGCAUAACAAGUAAACACUACCAGACAGAGCUCUCGUCGGGGGAAGCUGCAGAAGGCUGUGAUGUUGACAUGAGCUGGCAAACCUGACACUCAGUUAACUUGUUCAGUUACCUUUGUCCAGGGGUCUUUCACUGUGUUUAAAAAUACAUUGCAUUCCAAACUGGUCCCCGCUGUGUAUUACUCUACUAAAAAAGUCUGUCUAGUGUGUUUAGGACUUUUCCUAGCAUUUAAAAGAAAAAAAAAAAAAAGCUUCCUCUGUCACUGGCACCAGAAUGUCACUGUGGUUUAAUAACACAUCCUAGAGCCCUUGUCCUGAGGCCACACUGUUCCCAGUCCUUGUGUCCCUUUGCAUCUCACUCUUGGCUCGUUUCCAGCAAGCCAGAUAAACAUUAAUCUUGUGGCAGAUGCUGACCCAGAAGAAAAGAGGAAAAAACCUGCUUCUGAGUCAUCUUUGUUAUCACCGUGUUUUUAAUGAGGAGACAACAUGAAAUUCUCUUUCCCUUUUGGUGCUCAAGGCUUUGUGUCGAUGUUUGCUGGAGUUUUGGCUCUUUUUUUUUUGGCUGGAAAAAAAGUGGCUGUUUUUGUACUGCUUCCUGUGGCUUUUCAUAAACUGAAAGGACGUGACCCAGGAUCAGUGCCAAUGACCAUGGUUUAAAGGCAAAAGAACACUCUCGACAGGCUCCAUCAGGGCAGUCUAAGAUCCUGUUUUCAUUUUACGGCAGUGAAGCGCAGCCCGAUCCGCAGCAUGGCAAGCGCUCCUCGCCCAGUCGGUGUUCUGGGUCUUACAAGUUUGUUAGGAUUCAAAGCUGGUCCUCACCAGCCUGGAAGUACUCUUCGUGGUUCUGGUAGAGGCUGCUGCCAUCAUGAUUGGAGGUGUUUGAACUGCCUUCCUGAUGAACUUAGGUCAUUCCUGUCAAUGAGUGCUUUUUUUCCUUUAAACACUGAUAAUUUGCUAGUUCACUUUCAAAACCGGAAGCAUGUAAGGAAUGAGAGCUUGUGACUGUGUUGAACUGACUGGAAAGCAGGGCGAGAUGGCCGGAAGGCCUGGGUCCCUGGCCAGCUCAGUCACUGACCCCACUUAGCUUUGCUGAGACUGGGCUGCCUCCUCUUCCUGAUGAGCGAGCGAAGGAGAAAGUCUGUAAAGGCGCCCAGCUCUCAGUUCCGUGAUCCAUCGGCAUUGGAGAAGAUAACUAUCUGCAAGGCUAAACUAAAACCAUUUACAACUUUUCUACACAUAGAUUGUAGCCAUUUUUGUCUCCCAAACCUUAGGCCUUUGUAUUUUUUUAUUUUAAUUUCACUGUUAUCCUUGAUUAUUGUCUUUUUUAUUGAGAUGUUGGAGAAGCAGGAGAUAGUUGUGCCUCAUCUAUUAUUGCAAAAAUGUAACAAUAAACUUCCUCAAAAUAA